AAGCCCAUCGAUCUCUCUGAUGAACGACCUGUCGAUUUCGCCUACUACAGCCACUGGCUAUACACGAAGCGAAUCAUAUACAAAGACGAUACUUCCACUUCAUCACGGCGCUUAGCUCGCCUAUAUGUCCUUGGGGAGAAGCUCAUGGAUCAACAGUUCCAAGCCGCCAUCAUAGACGCCAUGAUUGAAUUCGUUGAGGAAAAAAGGCUGCUUCCAUCUAUGCACUGUAUCGAAAUCAUCUACAACGGAACUACUGCGGAGUCUCCUGCCCGGCGCCUCAUGGUUGACAUAUGG